CUUCACCAACAUUCUUCAUUCCCAUUCACACCAUCCUUUAGUUAUAGCAGCUGUUGUAGUAGCAUUCAUGGAUACUACUAAACCCAUGUUCCUAAUUCAGCUCUUGUUCAUAUGCUUUUCGAUGCUCGGGGCAAUUUGCUCUGCGUCCAAUCCGAAUUACGCUGACGCUCUCGAGAAAUCCAUUCUCUUCUUCGAGGGCCAACGGUCUGGGAAAUUACCUGCCAAUCAACGCCUUACGUGGAGGGGCGAUUCCGGCUUAUCGGAUGGUUCCUCUUAUCAUGUGGAUCUAGUAGGAGGGUACUAUGAUGCUGGAGAUAAUGUGAAGUUCGGCCUGCCUAUGGCCUUCACCACAACGAUGCUAGCAUGGAGUGUCAUUGAGUUCGGCAGCUUGAUGCCAGGGCAGAUUCAAAAUGCCAGAGAAGCCGUCCGUUGGAGUGCAGAUUAUCUGCUCAAGGCGGCCACGGCCACGCCAAACACAUUAUAUGUGCAAGUGGGAGAUCCAAACAUGGAUCACCGGUGCUGGGAGCGGCCCGAAGACAUGGACACACCUCGCAAUGUUUACAAGGUGUCCACGCAAAACCCAGGUUCUGAUGUUGCAGCUGAGACAGCUGCUGCAUUGGCCGCAGCUUCCAUCGUGUUUAAAGACUCCGACCCUUCUUACUCUGCCAAAUUACUUCAAACUGCAAUGAAAGUCUUUGAUUUCGCUGACCACUACAGGGGAGCUUACAGUGAUUCUCUUAGCUCCGCGGUGUGCCCAUUUUACUGCUCUUACUCUGGAUAUCAUGACGAGCUUCUAUGGGGCGCAUCAUGGCUUCAUCGGGCGUCACAAGACAGUUCAUACUUGGCGUACAUUCAAUCCAACGGUCACACGAUGGGUGCAGAUGAAGAUGAUUACUCUUUCAGCUGGGAUGACAAGCGAGUUGGAACCAAAGUUCUUCUUUCCAAGAGCUUCUUGCAGAACAGAGUCGAGGAACUGCAGCUAUAUAAAAUACACGCGGAUAACUACAUUUGCUCCCUGAUCCCUGGAACAUCGAGUUUCCAGGCCCAAUACACACCAGGGGGACUUUUCUAUAAAGCAAGUGAGAGCAAUCUGCAGUACGUGACAUCCACGGCCUUUCUCCUCCUGACAUACGCUAAUUAUCUGACAUCUUAUGGAGGCCAUGCCUCUUGCGGGACCGCAACUGUCACACCCCAAAACCUCAUUUCACUGGCUAAAAAGCAGGUUGACUACAUAUUAGGUCAGAAUCCGGCGAAGAUGUCAUACAUGGUGGGAUUCGGAGAGAGGUAUCCACAGCAUGUCCAUCAUAGAGGCUCCUCACUGCCAUCUGUACACUCGCACCCAAGUUCCAUUCCCUGCAAUGCCGGAUUCCAGUACCUGUACUCAGGUUCCCCCAACCCAAACAUCCUGGUUGGCGCAGUAGUGGGUGGUCCAGAUAAUAGAGAUAGUUUCAACGAUGACCGGAACAAUUAUCAGCAAGCGGAACCAGCCACUUACAUCAAUGCACCGUUUGUUGGUGCUCUCGCGUUCUUUGCAGCAAACUCAGUAGCGAACUGAACAUAACGUUGCCCUUUCUAAAUGAAACCUGUUCCAUGUAAUCUUUAGUAUCGGAGAAGUGGGUUUGAAAAAGUGUAACGCCCCUCUCCAUAUAUAAAAGCUUUUGCUCUCUUUUUCAACCGUUCAACUUGAUCAAGGAUACUACUACUUCUCUCA